AUGGAGUAUGAUGACCCUAUAAUAAACCAUUUUAGAGGUCAAGACCCCAUAAGCAAAGAAACGCUGGAGGAACUCAUAAAAGAGCAAAAGAACAAGGAUUCAAGUUCAAAGAGAGGAACUGGAAAGCUACAACUAGUGAGGAGUAAUGAACAAAACUGCAUCCAAUGUGAAAAAGCGCUGGCUCUCUUUACGGACUUGCUUAAGCUCCAGUACCUCAUUCAAAAAUCGUGGGACCUUCAGGCACUAUGCAAGAGCGUUUUGGUACGAUUCGAUAUACAGACAACAGGACUUAGCGGCCAAGAACCUAAGUUAGACCAUGCGGAAACUUUUUACCGCGAUCUGGCACUCAAAACCCUCACCAGAUGCGGGAAGCUUUCUGAAGCGGUUGAAAAACUGUCCUUAGAUUCUCAAGAGCUAAGGGAUUACUUAGAGGUCCAAUCCUCGGAUGAUCCUCGCACAUGUCUAAGUGACUCGGCCUGUUUACUAUUGGAGAUGUGGUUUCUUUGUGGGAAAACAAUGCGGUCUCUGAAACGCAAUGUGGCCGCCUUGUUUAUCAAAGCUAAGUUGCUUCUGAUAGAUUGUGAACUAGAAUUGAUGAAAGCCAUAACCAAGGAAGAUGGAAGCGCAACUUGGGGUGAAACAAUUACUUCUUACAGAUCUUUCAUCAAAUUGCUUUUACAGCAGAUACAGGAUGCGGAUACUGAUAACGAUCAAUCUUCCUUCGAAGAAUGCCUUCAGGUCUUCCUUGACGUGGAAGCAAUGUUCAAUGCGAUGAACAUAAAUUACAUCUUGUAUGAAACGCAGCAUAAUGACCUUGACCAGGAGUCUUCUUCAAACGCCAAAUCCAGUAUUGUUCAAGAGGCCUCGGAGAUACGUGACAUCAAUGACUUAGUGGAGUCCUCUUUCAAAAAUGAUGCUUCUAAUGACGAAAAUGAGUUCGAACAUCUUACGACAGGAAAUUUUGAAUCCUCAAAUGAAAGAAGAUUAUCAGAAACAUCGGCUUUGUCUGUCUCACUCAUGAUGGAAAAGACCUCUUUAAAACGUGAGCUUCCAAGCUUGUUGCAGGCAUUUAACAAUGCUAAGAGACUGGAACAAGAACUUGAAAUCGCUCGUGGGGCCAAAGGGUCGACACCUGAGGGUUCCUUAACUAAUUCGUCGCUGUCAUCCUCACUUCUUUCUCCUUCAUCAAGCAUGUUUCUCAGUUCCGCGUCUAGAUUUGGCAGUGAACUGGGAGGGGCAAUGUACUCAUCCAAAGCCAGCACUCAUAGUGAUGAGGAAACAAAUCGGGCAGAAGAAUUGCCAGCCAAGGGUAACAAUCCAACGAGCUCUCUUAUCCCGAGCAGUUUCACGAAUCCAAUAACAACAAAAAAUGAUAAUUUAUCAAGAGUGUCAUCCUUACAAAAAGUCCCGCCUGCAUUUCGCGCAACCCAAAAUAUUCAAGGGUUUGGUAGCGAUGUGCUCAAUAACCUUUACGGCUUGGGAAAAAAGCAGUGA